CCCCAACUGGGCCAUUGCUACCUCAGUCCACAGUGGACAGUGCCUCGCCCCUCAUUGCCUCCCUCCCUCCCUCCGACCUCCGUUAGUCCGUUUCUCGCCGUCAGCUUCUGUCUCUCUCCGGCUGUCGCCGUCCCUCCUCACCGCUCACAGGCUCGCAGAGUCGUCAUCUCUGGUUUCACGGCGUACCCCGAAGUGGCGUCUCACCAGAUCAGAAUCAUAUCAACGCCAAAGUCUUCCUCUCCCGUGGUUUUGCGAUUCGGCGGCGGCGGCGGUCUUUACAGCGCUUGAGGCUCGCACCUUAGCUUCCUCUUAUCCGCGACGAUCUCCUUCAUCUGUGGCUGAGUCGAAUCGCCACCGGUCACGUCGUCCCUUGCCUGUUAAUCGGAGUAUUGUUAGACUGAUUCUGGAUUUCUAUUGAUUUAUUGCCCUGCCCUAUUCGAUGUCACAUAGCCAAAUCAAUGGUUCCUACCUGUUACUAAUGCAAAUAAAGGAGUUUAUUGGAGUUCAGAAGGAUUAUGUUUUGUAUCUGCAUGGUCCUCAUAUUGGGUUGAAAUCUUGUGCAAGCACUCUUUUAAGAAUACAAAAUUCAGCACUUUUGGGUUUCUGCAUUGAUACAAAAUUCAGUACUUUUGGGUUUCUCCAUUAAGUUUCCCUCUUUCACUCUUAUCUUCUGGCAUGGGAAAACAGAAACUAAGCUCUAAAGGUGUUCAAAAUUCUGGUUGCACAAAAGCAACUCUAUGGUGGUUCUAUCUUGUAGCUGCCUGCAUAAAAGUUCUACUUUUCCCAUCCUACCGCAGUACAGACUUUGAGGUGCACCGCAAUUGGCUGGCUGUGACUCACUCUCUGCCUCUUUCCCAAUGGUAUUUUGAUGAGACCAGUCCAUGGACACUUGAUUAUCCACCGUUCUUUGCUCAUUUCGAACACUUCCUAUCCAUGUUUGCCCACCUCAUUGAUCCCAAAAUAGUGCACCUUCAGGAGGGCCUGAAUUAUAGCGCAAACACAGUUGUCUAUUUCCAAAGAGGGACAGUAAUACUUUCUGAUCUGUGCCUUCUCUAUGGGGUUUACAGACUUACUCGGAAUCUGGAUUCAAGAAAACAAAAGCUGAUUUGGUUAUCAGCUAUUUGGUCUCCAAUGCUUUUUAUUGUGGACCAUGUGCAUUUCCAGUACAAUGGAUUUCUCAUUGGGAUUUUGUUGAUUUCACUCUCAUAUUUGGAGGAAGGGAGGGAUUUGUUAGGAGGGUUCUUUUUCGCUGUCCUCUUGUGCUUAAAACAUUUAUUUGCAGUGGCAGCACCUGUUUAUUUUGUUUAUUUGUUGAGGCACUACUGUCGGGGUGGAAUAGGGAGAGGCUUCACUCGACUUUUGAUUAUGGGAGGUAUGGUUGCAGCAGUGUUUGCAGCUGCAUUUGGUCCAUUUUUCCACCUUGGACAGAUACAAGUCAUUCGACGAUUGUUUCCAUUUGGCAGGGGACUUUGCCAUGCAUAUUGGGCCCCAAAUUUUUGGGUGUUCUAUAUCAUGUCUGACAAAGGGCUUGCUUUCAUACUCAGAAGACUAGGGUUUAAUGUCCAGACACCAACUGCUACGUUUACUGCUGGAUUAGUGGGGGAUUCCUCCCCUUUUUCUGUACUACCUCAGGUCACCCCAUUAGUGACCUUUAUGAUGGUUCUACUGGCCUUAUCUCCGUGUCUUCUCAAAGCUUGGAAAGAUCCAAAACCCCAGAUGAUUAGUAGAUGGGUAGCCUAUGCUUAUACCUGUGGUUUUCUCUUCGGGUGGCAUGUGCAUGAGAAGGCAUCAUUACAUUUUGUAAUACCGCUUGCCAUUGUAGCAGUACAAACCUUGGAAGAUGCCAAACAUUACUUUUUGCUGUCAAUAGUGUCUUGCUAUUCACUAUUUCCACUACUAUUUGAGGCACAAGAGUAUCCUAUCAAAGUUCUUUUGCUGCUGCUUCACUCGAUUUUGAUGUGGUCUGGCUUCUCUGCGCAAUUUCCUGAUGGUGCUGAAACAGCAAGAGCACCAACUGGUCAUCAUACCGAGAAAAAGGUGGAUCAACAUAAGUCCAAUGGUGGUUUUGUUAUUGGCUGGAUUGAGAGGAUGUAUUUGGUUGGUCUUGUAAUUGUAGAGAUAUGGGGUCAAUUUUUACACCCUUUGCUUCUGGGUGACAAGCUUGCUUUCGCUCCCCUUAUGUUGAUCUCUAUAUACUGUGCUUUGGGGAUCAUGUAUUCUUGGAUUUGGCAGUUAACAUUCAUAGUUAAAUCUCCCUGAAAUUUUGGACUGAUUGGACUUUGAAUCAAUA